CGCGUUGAUCAAGUAUAAAUCGAAAUCCCUCAUAGACGUUUGAAACAUAGAGGUGGAAAGGUACGCUGCGCGAUUCUCUUGAGCCAGAUUAAUUUAUAUCACAUAAGUACCAAUCAGUUUUUAUCGAGCUUUAUAUUAUCAAGAUCGUCUAAAAUUUAUAACUCUGCAUUGCAGGUGCUUGUUUGCACAAAAAGUUUAUUUUUGUCAAUUGCUUUCGGAUCACAAUACAGAGGCUGCUCGCGUUUACAACUUGAACAUAUUAUAUACGAAUAUUUUAUUAUCAUCAAUCAUUAUAAUGGCGACACAAGCAACACAAAACUUGAAAGCCGUGCCAAAGCUUAGUGAAAUUAAUAACUUGAAUGAUGCAUUAAUUAAGUCGAUCAAACAAGAAGAAUUGCUUGAAAGCACGCUAAGACUGAGAAAUUUGCCAAGAACUCCGAGAAAUUACAUAACAACGACAAACAGAAGAAGGAGGCAGCACCCAAAACUAAAAACCGUUAGUCAGCGGAGCCAUUUCGACUCCCGUGCUAAUCCAAUAUUAAAUUCAUCGAACACUAAUACGAGUGAAAGAUCAGAAAAUGAUUCCACCUACGGAUCAAUUGAUUCACCGGAUCACGUUUUCUAUAAUUUGAUGGAAUACCGCGGAAACGAUUCUGGUGCUGAAAGUGAAUUUCAUAUUAAAAAUAUGAGUAACUCUAAUUCAGAGAUGGUAAGGGUAAACCAGCAUUCUAUGUUUGGCUCAAUCGGAACGAAAUUUAUAAAUGUAGAAGACAUGCGCGCGAAGUUAGAAAACAAAAGUGCGAAAAAUAUUCCGAAAAAAAUCAUUUUCCUGAUUCCGGCUGAGUUAGAAGCUUCCGUGGAGAUAUUGAAAGUGCAGCCAAUGGUGCAGACAGUUAAAAGUAAAGUUGAAAAUGUACUAUCAGAAGAUGAAGUUUUCAGUGGUAUAAACCAGUUGCCUACUAGUACAACAACUUUGCCUUCGCCGAGGAAUGAUUCAGACGGUUCCGACUUCCUUGGGCCUAUUAAACGUCAAAUGAAGAAAAACAAUAUGAAGAAACGAAAUGCUCCUUACGCGCGUCGUAUUGUUCAGGGCCGUGCAAAGGAAAAUUACCGACCUUCAGUAGUUAAAGAUACUUCAAAUGCACCACAUUGCGCAUUAGAUAACUUUAAGUUGGAAAUUCCCGAAUCGUAUGUACAACAAGAUUUUCAACAAACACAUGACUCUGCGGGUCCUAUUAGAAGCAAGACCUAUAGGAACGGAGCAUAUAAACGAACGACGCCGCUUCGAUCUUAUUCUAACUCGUCUAAUAUCGGUAAUAAUAAUACACCCGUUAAUGGCUACUAUUCUCGGUACCCUGGUAUUAUGAAUCAGUUUUCACGCGACAGAAAUGAUCGCAACAAACCGUAUUAUAACUCAAAAUUCAGAAAAGUUAAAUUAUGUUGGAACUGUCAGAGCGAUUGUCAUUUAUUUAGACAGUGUCCGCUAGCAUAGUGUAUCAUUCGUAUCUUUGUAAAUGUUUAUAUCGCGGUCACAGUUCUGGAUCAACGAAAAGAAUUGUUAUUUAAUCAAAAACUUGUAUACUAUUUUAAUUGUAAAAAUGGAUUCAAACGUUUAAUUUUAUACGCGACGACGUUAUGAUUCAUGACUAGUGCAGUUGUAUUAUUGCUAAAUGCUAAGUUUAACUUACCGUGUGAUAAUAUAACAGCGUUAUGAUAUCAAACAAAGAAUUAUCCAUGUAUCUAUAAGUAGGAUGUGAGGCGGCUAUAGAGGGAGAAUAUGUUAUAAUUGAUAGCAAUCUUUAUACGCAUGCUGUGAUUUUAGCUGCCUUAUUAAAUAUUCUGUAAAACAUGAGAAGAGAUUUUUCAAUGAUUAUCUAGUCAGGCAUCAAUUGAUUAAUCACUUCCUAAUUGCGUUACUUAUUUUUCGCAGUUUUCAUUGUUGACAUGUACAUUGUACGUAUUAUAAAUAAAAAGUAGCGUUUAAUCUCACAGUUCGCGGUUGUUAAAAUUGUCGAUGAUAUAUUAUUGCGGCGGAACAUGGAUAACCUCAGAUGAUGUAGAUGUUGUAUUUAUACUAGAAAUAUGUUCGAAUAAAUUGAAGAAUUAAAAAAA